CGACGAAGAAGAAGAAGCCGAAAAAGGUGUUUUCUUUGCUGGCUAGAAUAGCUAACUAGCUACUAUAUUUAUUAGAUAAGCCAUUCCUUCCAUUUCUCUUUAUACAAAUCCGAAGCAAGAAGUUAUUUUGGAGGUGAAAUAUGGAAUCCCCCUUUCCUCUGCUCUCCCUGGGUGUCCUGGUUCCUCCUCUCCGGAUGAUGUCAGCACUCAUGUGGCAGGUGGUGCGCCAGGGCAACAUAAAUCAGUAUGGGAAAUUGGAGGAGUUUGUUUCCAUGGUCACAGAGGCGGUUCCAUAUCUCCUGUCCAACAGACAGAGGUGGCUGCUGACCCUGGCUCUCAGGGGACGGGUGAGUCUACAACUAUUAGGGUCUGGACAUCCUGAUGACCUCGAGGCUGUUCAAACCCACCUGGAUAGAAUCACAGCAUCUGGUCUCAAACAGUCAAACGAUGCAGCAAUUGAAUUAGCUGAAGCCAACUUCCUGCAGCUGAUCCAGAGCCUAGUGGAAGACCCAGAUAGAAGGGAACACUUCUUCAAGGUUGUGUUCCCCGUGGAGUAUGGACCUAAUUUUGACUCGGCGCUGCAGACUUUGGUGUGUCAUUUGCUGUCCAGACUGGAGGAGCUGCUGCCUGUCCCUGACUUCAAACAGACUGCUUUGUUGAUCAGUGCUGCCCCCUAUGUCCUGGAGGACUUCAUGUGCAGUGUCUCCCAUGCAGAGGAUCUGAAGACCUUGCUACAGAACCCACAGUACCACGGGAAACUCAAGCAGCCCAAGAGCGCUCCUUUGCAGAUGGAGGACCAUCUCCUCUUCUCCUUGUCCUUCCCUCCCUCACUGAGACUGGUCAAUACCUCGCACCACAGCGCCAGCCAAUCCAAAGCCUUCUCUGACUGUGAGAACCCGCCCCUGCAGGUCAGAGGUAACCAGGGGACUAUGACUGACAAUUUGAGUGGCCAAUGGGCUGAGUCCAAAACAAGUAUAGAUCAAAACAACAUGAUUGGAACAGAUUCAGUAGAAAACCAAGGAGGUUCUCGAAGAACGGAUAACCAGAAGGACGUGAAGGAGAAGGAUGUAGGAAGGAAAGCAGUAGACACGGAGCACCAAUACUGUCUGAGCGCCAAUACUGCUCCUCAAGACACGGCACCAUCAGCCAGCCAACAAGCUACCUCAGUCUCUGCCCAGGACGCCACCUCAACAUCCACCAACACUACACAAGGGUCCUCGACAUCCACCAACACUACACAAGGGUCCUCGACAUCCACCAACACUACACAAGGGUCCUCGACAUCCACCUCGAGCACCAUAUCAUCGUCAGAGCAGCCGCGGCAGCGCGUGGCCCACAGGUGCCCCCAAUGUGGCCGUUGUUUCAUCUACCGCUAUAAGAUGUUAGAGCACCAGAGACUCCACACGGGGGAGAACCCUUACAAGUGUUCCCAGUGCGGUAAGACCUUCAGAAGGUCCUCUGAGAUGUCCACCCACCGCCGGACACAGUGCUCCAACGCUGCCUAUGUCUGUAUUAAAUGUGGGAGCAGUUUUGGGUCGGUCAGAGAGAGGGUCAGCCACCGGUGUUGUGGCAGCAAAGCGGCGGCGCCGAAGUUUGAAUGUCCGCAGUGUGGGAAGAACUUCAAGUGGCACAACUCGUUAAAGAAACACCUGGUAACCCACACCAGGAAGAAAGGCUUCAAUUGCAGGUACUGUGGUGAGGGGCCGUUCCCAGGUAUAGCUGAGCUGAGGACCCACCAGAAGGUCCAUGAUGGAGAAGAGAAGCCCUACAAGUGUGAACAGUGUGGAAAGGGCUUCAGCUCCCAGGGCUGGCUACAUGGCCAUGAGCAGCGCCACUCCCAAGAGAGGUCCAAGAUCUGCCCCAGCUGUGGAAAGGCCUUCAGGUGCAAAGGAGACCUGAAGCUGCACAUACGGACUCACACCGGCGAGAGACCGUACCAGUGCACCUACUGCGCCAAGCGGUUCUCUGUGAACGGAAACCUGACUAUACACAUCAGGACUCACACAGGGGAGAAACCUUUCCUCUGCUCUGACUGCGGCAAGGCCUUCUGCUCUGCAGGAGAGCUGCAGAUCCACAGGAGAACACACACUGGGGAGAGGCCGUACAAAUGCACCGUCUGUGAGAAAGGCUUCACCAUGGCUAGUCAGGUGACUCUUCACAUGCGGGUACACACGGGGGAACGACCCUACGUGUGUCAUGAGUGUGGAAAGGCAUUUCGUCGCGGUGCGGAGCUGAAGACACACAUCCUGAAUCACAGUGGGGUGAGACCGUACCCCUGUCGUCUCUGUUCUAAGACCUACACCUGCCUUAGUCACCUGAAGAGACAUCUGAAGACUCACGGGGACCAGGCGGUGGAUAUGAGCAGUGAGUUGUCUGUAUCUGCUGUAUAAUAAACCAGUUAAAGACUCACAGGGCCCAGUCAGUGGAUAUGAGCAGUCGGUUGUCUGUAUCUGCUGUAUAAUAAACCAUUUGAAAAGGAAA